GGGCGGCGGGAGGCGCGGCAGCGGCGGGGAGCGCGGCGGCGGCGGCGGCAGAAGCUCGGCUCGGCGGCGGGGGUGGCCGCUCCAGUCUGCCCGGGCGCUUCGCUCCGUCGCCGCCGCAGGCAGCUGGACCCUGUGGGUACUGAAAUCCAGCUCACCCAUGCCUAUUUCCUGUAAUGGACGAACUUGAUGCUAAUGUGAGUUCCAAGGAGGGUUUUCGGUCAGUGGAGAAGGCAGUGCUUCUCACGUUUCUCUCCGCGGUUAUCCUGAUGGCCAUCUUGGGGAACCUUCUGGUGAUGGUGGCCGUGUGCAGGGACCGGCAGCUCAGGAAAAUAAAAACCAACUAUUUCAUUGUCUCUCUUGCCUUUGCGGAUCUGCUGGUGUCUGUGCUGGUGAUGCCCUUUGGUGCCAUUGAGCUGGUUCAGGACAUCUGGAUCUAUGGGGAGAUGUUUUGCCUCGUCCGGACUUCUCUAGACGUUCUGCUCACCACGGCAUCCAUUUUUCACCUGUGCUGUAUCUCUCUGGACAGGUAUUAUGCCAUCUGCUGCCAGCCUUUGGUCUAUAGGAACAAGAUGACCCCUCUGCGCAUCGCGCUAAUGCUGGGAGGCUGCUGGGUCAUCCCCAUGUUUAUCUCUUUUCUUCCUAUAAUGCAAGGCUGGAACAACAUUGGCAUAAUUGAUUUGGAAGGAAUACCCAAACCAAGGCUGGGCGAGGAUUUGCAUGUGAUAGAAAAAAGGAAGUUCCCUCAGAACUCUAACUCCACGUACUGUAUCUUCAUGGUCAACAAGCCCUACGCCAUUACGUGCUCCGUGGUAGCCUUCUACAUCCCGCUUCUCCUCAUGGUGCUGGCCUAUUACCGCAUCUAUGUCACGGCCAAGGAGCACGCCCAGCAGAUCCAGAUGUUACAACGGGCAGGAGCCCCCUCGGAGGGCAGGCCCCAGCCGACAGACCAGCAUAGCACUCAUCGCAUGCGGACAGAGACCAAAGCAGCCAAGACCCUGUGCAUCAUCAUGGGCUGCUUCUGCCUCUGCUGGGCUCCGUUCUUUGUCACCAACAUUGUGGAUCCGUUUGUAGACUACACGGUCCCCGGGCAGGUGUGGACAGCUUUCCUCUGGCUUGGCUAUAUCAAUUCUGGAUUGAACCCCUUUCUCUACGCGUUCUUGAAUAAGUCUUUUCGCCGUGCCUUUCUUAUCAUCCUCUGCUGUGAUGAUGAGCGCUACCGAAGACCUUCCAUUCUGGGCCAGACUGUCCCCUGCUCAACCACAACCAUUAAUGGGUCCACACAUGUGCUAAGGGAUGCGGUGGAAGGUGGUGUCCAAUGGGAGAGUCAGUGCCACCCCCCAGCGACUUCUCCUUUGAUGGCUGCUCAGCCCAGUGACACUUAGUCCCUGGGCUAGUGACUCAGAAGACAGCCACCCCUCCGAGCGAGGGCCAGAUCCUAAGCUGCUGCUUGUGCGUGACUGCGCCUGGCAUCCUCCUCAUCCAAGCGUUCCAUCCGUCUGUCCGUCGGGGGCAGGCACCCAGGCCACCGGGCUUUUCCUCCGGGAUUCCAGCAGGCAGCGUUUGAGGGGGUCAGAGGAGAGGAUGCCCCCCCCCCCCCUGUUCACUGUGGGUUCUCUUCCAGAGAUGCCCCUGUGAAGGGAUUUUCAUUUCCCAGUAUUCCUUUCUGGCGUCCUGCCCUUGCUGCAUAGUGUCUGUUGUCGCCAGUCUGUCCCUUUACUGUGCCUGGUCGGCCCCACUCAUGUUCCAAACACGGUCACUCACUGUGUCCUAUCUCAGCCGUAGGGUCGCUAAAUAUGCCUUCUUGGCUCUGUGCCUGCUCACAGACCAAUGUGUCACUCCCUUUCACUCCCUCCCUCCCCCCUUGCCCACCCCAUGCCUGUUGGUCAGAGUCGUUCGUGUUCAAAAGCACACAAUGCUCACUUGUUCAAACUAUUCACUGUCUCAUCUCAUCCUGUUCUGUGCCAGCCACUACUACACUUCCCUCCCGGGCUCCGGGUCCCAGUGUGUCCUUCCGGCCAGGCCCCAUGUCAGUCGCAGACUUCAUCUGCUCUUCCCUGUAUCCUGUGUCAGUCCUCUCCAGGACACGCUCCAUUUAUUUCCCGUGGAAGAAACUGGGGCAAAGAUUGACCCAAGGAAAACAGUCUCCGCAGCAACCUUGGAGGGAAGCCGAAGACAGACAGCUUGCCCCAGAUCCCUGGCCUCAGCCCCUUCUGCUUCGAGAUGCCUGCCUUGCUCUACAACUAGAGCAGCGUCUUGUCCUAGGGGUCCUUGGGCAGGGCCCGCGACAUCAUAGUGUUUAUGAAAAGACUUUGGAAUCUUUCCUGUGAGCUUGUGGUGAGGCCCAGGAUACAAAUUUGUAACCCUGGAUUCUGGCCGUGUUUCUUCCAAAGGAGAGACUAUUGGGAGCUCAUACUGCUGAGACCUGUCACAAUCUGCUGUCCCCCACGGAGGAGGCAGAACCAAGCAGUGCCAGGGGUGCAAAAACAGUGCUUGACUUGAAGGCUGAGGACCCGGAUUCCAGCCGAGGCUCUGCUCCUAAUAGGCUGUGAGAUCUUGAUCCAACCCUUCCAUCACUUUCUACGUCUGUCAUUUGAAGCUUGGACUAGGGGAUCUCUAGGAUUCCUCUCCAUUUCUAGGACAACAGGAUGCAGCUAUCGUCAUCUGCUACCUCGAAAAGCCAUGGCUGGCCUGCCUUUUGUCUGUUUCAAAGGGAGCUAGCUUUGGGUCUUCUAGCCCCUUGACCUUGCAGCUUUGCCCUUCAGAGUCACCUGACUGUCUCUCAUCCCAAGCCGUCCAUGGAAUGAACUGCCCCGGAGUGAAUGUCACAAAGAAGUAAACGCCAUCAUGCCCUGUUCUUGGCUGUGAUAUGAUAGUUUCUCAGGACUUUGUCACACUCACUUUGUUCCCGCUGCUUAAGAAGAGUCAGUUACCAUUCCUGUUGAUUUUUUACUUUAGUCUUGGAAUUGAACCAGAAAGGAAAGACUUUGAAAUGAGGAAGAGGAAAUUGCCCCCAAACCAUCCACAUGCAAAACAAGAAAAGAAAGAAA